CCCCAACCCCAGAUUCCCCAACUUCAUUCCCUCUUUAAACCACAAAAGUCUCUGUAAUUUUUAAAGCAUUAUCAUUAUCCGUCAAGAUGACUGAACGCCUCACCAACAUCCUCAAGCACAUCACCCCAGGCUCUGGCCUCUCUACGAUCACAUCUAAGAAUGCUGAUGAUAUUGUGAUCACACUCGCCGCUCGCACAGCGCUUGGAAAGGCUGGCAAGGGAAGCUUCAAGGACACCAACUUGGACUUCCUGGUGUACUCGCUGUUGAAGAAGGUUAUCGCUCAAAGCAAACUCGACCCAAGCUUGAUUGAGGAUAUCUGCCUCGGAAACGUCAACAAUGGCAAGGCCGCUUAUAUCGUCCGUGCUGCUUCCCUCGCUGCCGGAAUCCCCAACACUUCCGGUGCAUACUCUCUAAAUCGCUUCUGCUCCUCCGGUCUCAAGGCCACCCAGGACAUCGCCAAUGCCAUCGCCGAGGGCUCCAUCGAGAUCGGUGUUGCCAUUGGCGCAGAGUCCAUGUCUGAGGUCACCGACGGCCCCAUGAAGCCCUUCCACGCUGAUAUCAUCUCCGGCUCGCAGGACGCCGCCGACUGCAUGCAGCCCAUGGGCCAGACCUCGGAGAAUGUCGGCAAGGACUUCAACAUCACUCGUGAGAGACAGGACAGGUAUGCUGCGGAGUCUUACCAGCGUGCCGAGAGGGCACAAAAGGCUGGAUGGUUCGACGACGAGAUCAUCCCUAUCGAGACCACCAUCAAGGACCCAAAGACCGGAGAGGAGAAGAAGAUCAUUGUGUCAAAGGAUGAGGGUAUCCGCUACGGCACCACCUUUGAGUCUCUGUCUAAGAUUCGCCCGGCGUUCCCCCAGUUUGGUGACAAGUCGACUGGUGGCAACUCCUCGCAGGUGACUGAUGGUGCCGCCGCUGUCAUUCUCAUGAAGCGCUCGACCGCCAUCAGGCUCGGCCAGCCCAUCGUGGCUAAGUUCGUCGGCGCCACCGUUGCUGGACUCGCACCCCGCAUCAUGGGUAUUGGCCCAUCUGUUGCCAUCCCCAAGCUGUUGAAGCAGCACAAGCUUUCCAUCGACGACAUCGAUGUCAUCGAGGUCAACGAGGCGUUCGCGUCGAUGGCAGAGUACUGCAAGGAGGUGCUUAACCUGCCGCAUGAGAAGAUGAACCCCCGUGGUGGUGCUAUUGCCCUCGGUCACCCGCUGGGAUGCACUGGAGCGAGACAGAUUGUCACAGGACUGAGCGAGUGCAGGAGGCAGAACAAGAAGAUUCUGUUGACUAGCAUGUGUAUUGGAACUGGACAGGGAAUGGCUGGUCUGUUUGUUAACGAGCAGUAAAGGGGUCUAGAUGCUGAGGUUAUGAAAAAUGUAAAAUGAAUGGGGGGAUAUUUAUAUACUCAUAGCAGCUUUGGAAUGUACGAUG